AUGAAAAUCAGCGCCCUCACCAUGGCUGGCGCAGUCAUCGCGGAUCGAUUCUACCAUCCUUACAAGUCCAUUCAUCGAGGAUAUCCGUGGGCACAGGUCGAAGAGGAGAUCGCUAGGGAGAAAGUACAGGCAGGAUACGGCCUUUCCAGAGCGAAGGGGUCCACUGUACUCGCUGCAUCCCUCGAUCCAACGUUCUGAAGCAAGAAGAAUGAAAAUCAGCGCCCUCAUGAGUGGAUGGCGCAGUAAUCGCGGAUCGAUUCUACCAUCCCUACAAGGCCAUCCAUCGAGGAUAUCCGUGGGCACAGGUCGAAGAGGAGAUCGCUAGGGAGAAAGUACAGGCAGGAUACGGCCUUUCCAGAGCGAAGGGGUCCACUGUACUCGCUGCAUCCCUCGAUCCUACGUUCUGAAGCAAGAAGAAUGAAAAUCAGCGCCCUCAUCGUG